UGCAAAGUUUAUUAUAUCAAACGAUCCCAUCUGUUUUGAGUUUAACAUACUGACCACUAGUUUCCGUGCUGUCAAGCAUAAAAGACGGAGGCAUCGAGCUGUAUUUUCAGUUUCAACUCCUUGUAGAAUCCGACAGAUCCUCCUACAUAACAAAGAAUCACCAUGCAGAUGAAGGCAACCAUUUUGAUUGUGCUUGUCGCACUCUUCAUGAUUCAGCAAAGUGAAGCUGGUUGGUUCAGUAAAGCUGCCAGUUCUGUAGGAAGAUUUUACAAAAAACAUAAAACAUACAUCCAUGCAGGAGUUAGAGCUGGAACGAUGCUGCUUGGUGACAUGACUGAUGAGGAAUUUCAAGAAUUUAUGCAGGACAUCGAACAAGCCAGAGAGGAAGAGCUUCUCAGCAGACAGUAAACAUUUUCGAAGUUAAAUCAAACAACGAUCAAAUGGAAUGGACAUGAAACGACAUCGAUUGAAGAACAUUUUUCUUUCUCAUUUUAAACGGAAAUGCAUAAAAUAAAAAAGGCGCCAAAUA